GCAGGACGACGACACGGAGACGAUGCAUUUGUUGGCGCCGCGCACGCAGCCAAACGCCAAACGCAAACAAACAACAAAAGGAAGCGCUGGGUGCUGUCGAAUUCGGCCUCGAUCGUUCGACUUGCGCGUGACCCGACGACGAUGACGUCGAGCAGUGACGACAUGCGCUGCUGCAUCCCCAGCUGCGUCAACCACCAUCGGCGGGUAGCGCCUCCCGACGCCACAUCCGACGCGCGGCCCACUUUCUUCGGCGUUCCCGAGGCGCGCGUCGGUGAGGACAUCACCUCGGACACCGUGUUGCGCCGGGCGUUGUGGCUUCGCCGGCUCAAGAAGUAUGCCAAGCAUGUGGACCCGGACACGGCGCUCGUCUGCAACAGGCACUUCACCCAAGGUCACCCUGCCGAACCGGACGACACAAACACAGUGGACUGGCUGCCAAACGCUCAGUUGGCGAGUCCUGAGGAGCUGACCGAGGAAAUGGAGGAGAUGAAUUUCGAGGAAGAAGAGGGCAGCGAGGAGGAAAACCUGGACGAGGAGUUCGUUUCGUACACCAACAGACAAAAGGAGAAGGUGGAUCGGUUAAAGCGAGAAAACGUGGCGUUGAAGCGUAAGCUCUCGGACAUGACCCAGACGGGGAUCAUCCAGGGAAUGAGACUGAAAAUGCUCAAGUCGAUGAAGGUGAAGGAUGAGCCCGAAGACCAAGAGAAAGUGAAGGUGGACGUUAAAAGCGAGCCGGCUGACGAGAAAAGUGCAGGCGAAAGCAAACCCAAGUUGCAGAUUAACAAUAUUAAAAUGAAACUGAGCAACAUACUGGGUACGCUAAAGUGACGAAAAGUUUUAAACAUGACUUUGUGUUUUCAGUAGUUAGACUGCGGAAAUCAAUUAUUAAUUUGUCGAUUUUGCGGCAAGAGUUUGUACUUUACAAAUUGAAACAAUCAAGCUUUAAGUAGCUGAACCAGGAUUAGGCAGCUUGUUUGGCUGCAUUUUGUAUUGCUAGAAAACUUUUGACUCAUCAACAUUGAGACUUGAAUAUGUGAAUAAAUAUCAUCAAUAUCUUUUUUAA